AUGGAAACAGGUGGGUGGACCGAGCAGGACCCGUCAAGUGAUCCGAAGUAUAUGGAGCUCGCCCACUUUGCGAUUUCUCAACACACAAAUGACCAGAGUAAUUACAACACAGUCUUGGUGUUGCUGAAAGUAAGGACUCAGGUUGUCAACGGACUGAACUACGAAUUGGUGUUCGAAAUUGCCCCGUCCAACUGUCCCGUCGCCGAUGGUGGGUACUCUAGAGAGUCAUGCACUCCUACAGAUAACAAGGCCGCCGCAGUCUGCACUGCGAUAGUCUACGAGCGCCCAUGGGACGACUACAGGAAACUCCGAUCCAUCGAAUGUCUCCAUCACCCACACUGCACCACCUGUGGGGCUCCCCGGGCUGAUCUUUUCCGCUGUUUGUGGAGCUGCCCAAAGCCCCUGAUGGUAGACCCUAUUCCCAAUCCUUCCUUUUCAUCGUGCGAGGCCGCUCUUCGGGCCAGUGGCUCGGACGACCAGCUGAGGCUGGUGAACCGGGCCUGCCUAGAGAUGUCGGCCAGGGGGCUCCCGGACGUCUAG